UGAUAUUGCAGCAAAAAUCUUUAUUUGAAAAUAACUUGUCCAUGUGUGAAUACUGAUGACGUAACUAUCAUCCAUAACUUUCUUUGAGAAUUGUUCAUUCGCGUGAAGCAUGCGCUGAAGACAGAUCCAAGGAGGAAGUUAAAAAUAAAAAGGUGUCCAUGCAAUGUGGGAAUUGCUCAAAAGCUGUGAAGAGAGAAGACAGCGGACGACCGCCGCGGGAGGAGGAGCGGAGAAGGGGAGCGGCUGCGGACUCGCAGCGUGUGGAAAAUGACAAUGUUACGCGCUGCCUGAGAAUCAAACCAAGAAAAGGAGGCUGACGAAGGAGUGGAACUAAUACUUAUCAAAAAUGGAGGAGGACCAGCAUUUCUGUCUGAAAUGGAAUAACUACCAGUCAAACAUGACGGCUGUUUUUGAUCAGUUGCGAGAAAAUGAAGCCUUUGUAGAUGUAACAUUAGCCUGUGAAGGAUCACAAUUGAAGGCACAUAAGGUGGUCCUGUCGGCCUGCUCGCCGUACUUCCAGUCGCUGCUGUUGAACAACCCCUGCAAGCACCCGAUCAUCAUCCUGCCGCGGGAUGUGCGCUACUCGGACCUGCGGCACGUCAUCGAGUUCGUCUACAAGGGCGAGAUCGACGUGGCGCAGGAGCAGCUGGACAACCUGCUGCAGACGGCCGACCAGGUGAGGGCGCUCCGGCCGGACGGCACGCCGCAGACCAGCAGAUAA